CUUUGACAUUUGACACAUUCUCAAUUUGUUUAUAACUUUAAAUAAUCUUAUUUUUAAUUUUAGCGAAAUUUUACAAUGAAUAAUGUUUUUCAUUACGCUGAUUGUUGUCGAGCUUGUCUGAAAAUUGAAGGUUCCUUAACGUCAACUUCCACUGUCGAUAAUGACACCAUAAAAUUAAGCGAUAAACUAAUUUCUUGUAUUUCCGAAGUUGCGUGGUUGAAGGAGAGUCUUCCAUCUUUUAUUUGCACCACCUGCGUUGAUAAGUUGCGAAUCGCUUACGAUUUUCGAAUAUUAUGCCUCCAGUCUGACAAUACUCUGCAACAGUACUUUCACCAGCACAAAGGCAUAAAUGGAGAGAUCUACAGUACUAUAUCGGAGUUUAUUUUGCCAGAGGGUGGUAAUGAGAUUACUAAGACAAUUCAGACACAGUCGUCCAGUUCAGAUUAUCUUAACCUAAAACACUUUCUCGAUAAUGAGGAUUUAUCACGUUCUUCCAAUCCACAUGAGCUUGAUGUGUCUCGUAGUGCCACACCGGAUUCGGUUGCAACCACUGGUUUUGCCAGAAUAGAAAAAGUUGCUAAGAAGGUAACGAAUACGAGAUCAGUUAAGACGCAAACUCAACCACUUCCGCAAUAUCCUUCGCUUACACCAGCUGCUGCACGGUUGGAAGCCCAACAGAGUAAGACUACAAUAAUAGUGGAAGACCCUUAUAAGUACACGUGCAGUGUGUGUGGAAAAAAGUACGCAAAAAAUGCCAAUUUGAAAAUUCACAUGCGGACUCACACAGGUGAAAAACCAUUUGAGUGUAAAUACUGUGACAAAAAGUUUUAUCAUUCCUCUCAUCUAAGAGAACAUAUACGUCGUCAUACUGGAGAGAAACCCUUCCAAUGUAAUGUUUGUAUGAAACGUUUCACUAUCACUGCAGAACUUACUGUGCACAUGCGUAUUCACACAGGUGAAAAGCCAUACGCGUGUAAUUGCUGUGAGAAACGCUACAUAAAGGCUUCAGAUUUACAAGUGCACAUGCGCACACACACCGGUGAGAAGCCGUUUGCCUGUUCGUAUUGCGACAAAAAGUUUACUAGUGGCUACAUACUGAACUCCCACUUGAAGACUCACACCGGGGACCGGCCGUGGUCGUGCACCCUAUGCAGUAAGUCGUUCACUCAAAGCUCCCACUUAACCGUUCAUAUGAAGAAACAUACCGGAGAAAAGUUCUCCUGUAAAGUUUGCGGGCAGGAAUUCACCCACUCCUCGCAGCUCACCGUUCACAUGCGCGAGCAUACAGGAAAGCAGCCUUAUAAAUGUACAAUUUGUGAUAAAAUUUGUAAUUACGCCUCGGAGCUCCAGACCCACAUGAUGAAGCAUACUGGAGAAAAAUUCACCUGCAUAACGUGUGAUAAAAAGUUUACGACCUCCGCCUACCUACAGGAACACAUACGUACCCAUACUGGUGAAAAUUUGUUCAGCUGCUCGCUGUGCGAACGAACAUUUACGCGCGCCACCUAUCUGGAGAAACAUCUGAGAACGCAUACUGGCGAAAAGCCGUUUUCUUGCGAAGUGUGCGGAAAGAAGUUUACUCAGUCGUCUUCCUUGAACGUGCAUAUGCGUAAGCAUACGGGGGAGAAGCCGUACACUUGUACGAUAUGCAAUCGGGGAUUCGUGACAUCGUCUUAUCUAUCAGUGCAUUUACGUAAACAUAGAAAGUACAUUAGUUUAUAAUAUUAGGCGUAACAAGUAAUUUUGAUGUUGUGAGAGUAUUACGUGCAUAGCUUUAAAGUUUAGGUAACAGAGAUCUUUACUUCGAUAGCAUUUGGCCAUGACGAUUUUAAUUAGUCUAAGAAUUUUAGUCGCUUCUUUUUUUAAGGAAAUGUUUGCCUUUUUAAAUAAGUUUUAAAUAUAAAUUAUACAA